AUGGCCACCCCCGAUGUCGAGGCCGCCCCCGCGCCGCCCCCGGCCGUGGCACCGCAGUCCGCUUCACCACCGCUGCCUCCGUCGCCGUCACUGCCUCCGGCACCACAGCGGUCCGCGUCUAGGUCGCCGCCGCCGCCGUUGAGCGCCGAGUCCAACCCGCGGCGCAAGCAGAGGCAAAAGGUGACGCAGCGCCCCAAGCACGAGGGCACCGCGCUCCCGGACCCCGAUGUGCCGCUCAUCACGCCCGUCGCGCCCAUAUGGCCGCCGCCGUACCACUUCGACGACGACCUGCGCCGCGUGCGCCCCUACCACUGGACCUACAACACGUACUGCAAGGAGCGCUGGCGCGGCCGCUCCCUCAUCGACAUCUUCGAGUCCGAGUUCCGCGACCGCCCCGCCGAGUACUACCGCGCCUCCAUGGAGAGCGGCGACAUCUGCGUCAACGGCCGCCGCGUCGGCCCCGACUACGUCGUGCGCAACGGCGACCUCGUCUCCCACACCCUCCACCGCCACGAGCCCCCCGUCACCGCCGACCCCGUCGCCAUCAUCCACGAGGACGACGACAUGAUUGUCAUCAACAAGCCCUCGGGCGUCCCUGUCCACCCCGCCGGCCGCUACAAGUUCAACUCGGUCAUUGAGAUCAUGAAGGCCGACCGCGGCGAGCACUUCAUGCCCUACCCCUGCAACCGCCUCGACCGUCUGACCAGCGGCAUCAUGUUCAUCGCCAAGAGCGUCCGCGCCGCCGAGGAGAUGGGCAACCGCAUCAAGCAGCGCACCGUCCGCAAGGAGUACAUGGCCCGCGUCGUCGGCGAGUUCCCCGACGGCGAGGUCGUCUGCGACCAGCCCAUCCUGCAAAUCUCCCCCAAGCUCGGCCUCAACCGCGUCAGGGCCAACGGCAAGACGGCCCGCACCGUCUUCAAGAAGCUCGCCUACUACCCGCCCACCCAGCAGGAGCUGGCCCGCAUCGCCGCCGCCGAGGCUGACGGCGCGCAAGAAAACGGCGCCGACGGCGACCCGCAGGCCAAGCCGUGGCUCAACAAGCGCGGCUACUCCGUCGUCCGCUGCCUGCCCGUGACGGGGCGCACGCAUCAGAUUCGCGUCCACCUGCAGUACCUCGGGCAUCCCAUCCAAAACGACCCUAUCUACGCCAACCAGCGCGUCUGGGGCUUCGACCUCGGCCAGAGCGACGCCGACGGGACGCACAACACCGACGAGGACGUCAUCAGCCGCCUGUCGCGCAUGGGCAAGGAGGAGGUCGCCCAGGCCGUCGUCUACUACGACGAGAUGGUCGACAAGUACGAGAAGCGCCGCGCCGAGAAGAUGACGGGCGAGCUGUGCGACAUGUGCGACACGCCCCUCUACUCGGACCCCGGCGCCCACGAGCUGUCCCUAUGGCUGCACAGUCUGCGGUACGAGGACGCCGGAGGCGCCUGGUCCUACACCAGCCCGCUGCCCAAGUGGGCGCUGCCGCCGGAGGGCAUGGCCGGGCCGACGACGGUGGGGGGCAUGGAGGAGCUCGUCGACGCCGUCAAGGACGAGAACCCCGAGAUGGCGGGGUGA